AUGGAUAAUUUGGGGAUAUCAACAAUACUAUUAGUUGUAGUAUUUUCAAUGUUGGAAGGGACUUCUAGUCAGAAGAGUUUGUCUUUGGAUGAGAAAGUUAAGAAUUUGCAAGAAUGGAUGUACAGGAGGCCGCUAAUCAAUAUGAACGUUGAUCGCUGGAAAACAUAUGUACGAAGUGCACCAAGAAAUUACUCUGUAAUCGCAAUGUUUACGGCACUUUCUGCAGAUGUCAAUUGUCACGUUUGCAAGCCUGCAUAUGAUGAAUUUUAUAUUAUGGCUAAUUCGUAUCGUUAUGCGUAUCCGGAGUUGAAAGCACUGUACUUUGCAGUUGUCGAUUAUGAAGAGUCAUCACAAAUCUUUCAACAGAUGAAUCUUAAUGUUGCACCAGUGCUCUUUCACUUUCCAGCAAAAAGUAGUAAAAAAAAGGCUGAUCAAAUGGAUUUCGAACGGCUAGGUUUUGAUGCUGAUAGCAUGGCUAAAUUUGUUUUUGAACGAACGGAUAUACAAAUCCGUGUUCUUCGUCCACCAAGUUAUGCAGCUCUAGUGGUUGUUCUUCUGUUAGGAAUGCUCGUAUUGGGCUUAUUAUACAUGCGUAGGAAUAAUCUUGAAUUUUUGUAUAAUCGAACAAGUUGGGCAUUAGUGUGCCUAUGCAUUGUAUUCGCUUUUAUGAGCGGACAGAUGUGGAAUCAUAUUCGUGGUCCUCCAUUUGUCAUCACUAACCCACAUACUCGGGAAACAAGUUUUAUCCAUGGUUCUACUCAGUAUCAGCUCUUAGCGGAAACAUAUUUGGUUGCAAUACUGUAUGCAGCAAUUACAGCAGGUUUUAUUUUGAUGAAUGAUGCUGUGGAGGGCAAGGGUGAUCCAGGACGACGGCGAAUUAUGGCAUUCGUUGGUUUGGGACUAGUAGUAGUGUUCUUUAGCCUAUUGCUGUCUAUAUUCCGGAGUAAAUAUCAAGGAUAUCCUUACAGUUUUCUAUUCCAUUAA